AUGCAGGCCAAGACCCUGAAACAUGUUGUACAUUGGUAUAGAAAAGAUACUUUUAUGAAGGCUGAUAAUUACUUUAUCCAGCCAAUACCUAACAUCAAAAUGUGGCCUCACGCUAGUGAUAUAGUGAUUAAGCCUCCUGAACCAAAACAAAUGUCUGGCAGACCACCAAAAUGCGGAAGAAAGUCAAAGGAUGAGCCAAGAAAGAAGUAUGGAAAGUUGUCCAGGAGAGGUGUAAAAAUGACUAGCUCCAAGUGUCAUCAACAAGGCCACAAUAAUAAAGCCUGCAAAUAUGUGCCUGAAAGCUCAACCCAACCUAGACCUGGAAGGUCAAGCCAACCUGCAAGCUCAAGCCAACCUGCUAGCUCAAGGAAACCUACAGGUUAUAGCCAGCCACCAAGCUCAAGCCAACCUGUAGGUUCUAGCCAACCACCAAGCUCAAGGCAACCAACAAGCUUUUGCCAACCACCAAGCUCUAGCCAACCUGUAGGUUUUAGCCAGCCACCAACCUGGAGACCAUCACAACAUGUCUGCUCAGUCCAAAAAUCAACUUCUAUCUGUGAUGAUACUUCAAUUGUUAGAAGAGUUCAAUAA